GAGCUCCACCUCCCAUAAUAUAUACAAUUCCUCACCUUCUAUUACCAUCAAAAAGUUCGCCCUUUCUCCCUCCAUGGCUUUAGGAUUCAUAGCUUUCCUCAUCCUAACCGCCUCCUUCUUCCCCUUCAUGUCCAGAGCAGGAGCUUAUAGUGUUGCACCGGCUGCAAGCCCCUCUUCGCCUACUGGUCCUCUCGUCCCGGUUCCAUCCUGUGCGCGAUCCCCAGACCCGGCCCCCGUCCCUCCACCAUCGUCGGCCGUCAAAGCCGGCUACUGGCCCUCAUGGAACAACUCCACCUCCCCACCCUCCUCCAUCAACCUCUCCUACUUCACCCACAUCUACUACGCCUUUGCCGAACUAGAUAACACCUCCUUUGAACUCGUCAUCACCCCCUCCGACGCAGACAUCCUCGCCGACUUCACGGCCACCCUCCACGCUCAUCAACCCCCAGUCAAAGCCAUGCUCUCCAUCGGCGGCGGUGGCGGCGGAGGCGACACCUUCGCCAGCAUGGCCACCAACUGCUCCACCCGCUCCGCCUUCAUUAAAUCCACCAUCGCCGUCGCCCGUGAGUACAACCUCGACGGCCUUGACCUCGACUGGGAGUUCCCGGCGAACCCCGAGAAAAUGGCAAGCCUCGGCGACCUCUACAUGGAAUGGCGCGACGCGAUCGCUCGCGAGGCGGCCGAGACCGGCCGACCCAGCCUGUUGCUCACGUCAGCCGUGUACUUCGCGUCGCACUUCUUCCUCCCCGGCGACACGCCGAGAUCCUAUCCGGCCGACAAGAUGGCGGUCAGUCUGGACUGGAUCAACGCUAUGUGCUACGACUACCAUGGCUCAUGGGACACGUCGGAGACCGGGGCGCCCGCGGCGCUGUAUGACCCAAAGAGCAACGUGAGCACGAGCUACGGACUGACGUCAUGGGUGGAGGCUGGGAUUCCACCGAAGAAGGUGGUGAUGGGUUUGCCAUUAUAUGGCCGGACGUGGAAGCUAAAGGAUCCGGCUGACCACGGCAUCGGCGCACCGGCGGUAGGGCUCGGACCGGGGGAUGACGGGGUGCUGGUGUACUCGGCGGUGGUGGAUUUUAACAGCGAAAACAACGCGACCCAAGUGAACGAUGAAGUAACCGUGUCUGCGUAUUCUUACUCGGGGACGAGUUGGAUCGGGUACGAUGACCCGUGGUCGGUGACGGGGAAGAUAGAGUUCGCGGAGGGGCAUGGUCUCGGCCGGUAUUUCUUUUGGGCGAUCGGAUACGACAAGGAUUGGAGCAUCUCUAGCAGAGCAUGGGUUGCAUGGCGGAGUUGAGCGGUAGCCUUCAUCUUCCUCUCCUGGUUCAGCCAUUGUUUAUCUCUCUCCAUCGAUUUAAUGUAAUAAGUAGUGAUUUGCUUAAUUUUGGCUGUACCUCAUGCGUAUCCUUGUUUCAGUCUAUUUUAAUAAAAGAACUUGUGUUGUACCAAAAAAAUAAAAAUAAAAUAAAAAAACAAACUUGUGAUUUGUGCUUGGAAA